GCGCAACACGAUUCGGUCGCCACGCGCUGCACGCCACGGCCAUCUGGAGCUGCGGGCCUGAACAACUCUCGACACCGAUUGCUACCGCGCCACUUUCUCCCACGCGAGCCCGUCGUGGCGCGCCGUGUGCGUGCAGCAGCAGCGCGCAGCAAGCCGCCCCGAUUGGAACGCUGGAGUGACGCCCACCUGGUCGCAGACAGGCACUCUCGCAUCUGACACCGCCGCAUCUCUUUUCCCCGUGAACGCGGAAGCCGCCGCCUGUCCGCGCGAGUGCGGCAGGCACCAUUCUCGUCGUGGCGUGCCGCCCACCGCGCUUCCAUGGCCCUGCCGGCCUUCCCUGGCCGCCACGAUGUCCCCGCCGCCAUGACCACUCUCUCCUGGGACGCGCACGACGAGGCGGCGCCGCCCUCAGCGCUGAAGAUGCUCCGCGGCUACCUGCUGCGCAUCCGCCACGCCGGCACGCUGCCAGUGCGCUUUGACCCCUACAGGCGCGCCGGUGGGGACGGGGGGAUGGCUGGGGGGGUGGGGGGGAUGAUGGGGGGAGAGGGCGGAGGGGGAGGAGGAAGGGGCGGCGGGGAGGAGGCGUGGGGCGAGGACGUGGUGGGGCUGUUCCAGCAGCUGCAUGAGGAACAUGCGAGGAACAUUCCUCUAGACCUGCUGUCACCUCUCUCUCACAGCCCUACGUCUCUCGACAUACUCACGCUCUACCGCAAGAUAGUGUGCUCCAAACGAGGGGGCUCCUGCUAUGAGUCCAACGUGCUCUUCGCGUGGCUGCUGCGCCAUCAUCUGGGCUGCCAGGUGGACCUCCUGCAGGCGCUCUCCUGCCGCUCCCUCCACUCCCACUCCCACCCGCACCAACCCCUGCCUUCCUCCUCCACCCCCUCCUCUCGUCCCGCUGCUGCUGCACCCUCUCCCACUUCAACUGCUGCAGUGGUGCCUGCUACAACCGCAUCCCCUGGUCCUCCCGCGCCCUGCUCGCCUCCAAGUGCACGGCUCUCGAGUGCUGCUGACUCAGCGCGGCAGCAUGUCCAGUCAGUCUGUGCACCGUCCUCGUCAGCAAGAGCGCAGCUGCCCGAUCAUAUGUGUCUGCUGGUUCACGUCAACGGCAUGGCAUGGCUUGCUGACGUCAGCACGCCCUGCUGCCCCCACAGCGUUGUGCCACAUGGCAUGUUCCUGGAGCCGCUGCUGUUCCAACCAGGCAUCCAUCAGCACCAAGACGCAGGAGUGUUCAGAAUCUCCCCAUGCCCGCCGCCCACGCCCUCGCACCCACCAAGGGGCAUUCAACCAAUGCACUGUACGAAGGAAGCUGCUGCUGCUGCUGCUGCUGCUGCUGCUGCUGCUGCUACUGCUACUGCUACUGCUGGUGGUGCUUCUGGUGCUGGCGCUGCUGCUGCCAGCAUUCCUGGCGCUGGUGGUGGGGCCAGCAGUGGCAUGCAGGGGCAGGGGUGGGAUGGAGGGGCGGCAGGUGCAUGCAGGGUGGCGUGUGCCUCUGCAGCAGGCACAGGGGAGGAAACGAGAGCAGCAGACGCAAGCACUGAGAGAUGGGCAGCAGGACAUGCAGAGGGGGGAAGGGACACUGCUGCCUUGGAGGACCAACUAGAUGAUGAUGAUUUCUACAGGGAUGAUGGUGAUGGGCAAGGAAUACGGUGCUCACCUAGUAUGGAGCGCGCAGGAGGAGGGGCAGCAGCACCAAGGGUAGAUGGCAGCUGGUAUGUGGUGGAGCGGCUGUGCCUAGUGACCCCCUGUGAAAGAGACCAUCGCUGGACCGCAGCGCAUGGCGAGUGGGACGCACGGGGGGAGGCGCACUGGCAGCCUCUGUACCGCUUCUCCUCGUGGCCGCAUGACUCUUCCCACUUCCAACAGCUGUGCUCUCGCCACCGCGCGCACCUGGACCCGCCCUUCCACGGCCCAGCCCUGUACGGCACGCGCGUGGCGGUGCGCGUGCGCAGCGAGGAGGAGGGCGCGGGGCGCGAGAUGAUUCGCGACCGGGAGGUGGUGCUGGUGGAUGGAGAGGGGCGAAUUCAGAGCCGGCAGCACGUGGCGACGGAUGAGGAGUUCAGCGACGUGGCGAGAGGGCGGUUCGGCAUCAAGCUGCACGGGGUCGAUGUGCGGGCUGUGCCACCCGUGGACAGGGAGCCGCCACUUGGCAACGCGUGGUUGGCCAGCGAGUAAUUGGAGGAGGCAGAAGAUGUCUGUUGUGAUGGCCGGCCCAUCUGGGUGCCAUCCACACAUGUGCUGAUAUGUCCUACUUGUUGUGAUAGAAUCGUACUUAAGCAUUUCUGUAAGUUGUUCCGAUACUGUAGUUACCAUCCGUAGAAUGACGUCAGCAAAUAGCACUCGUCUGGAUGAUUACGUCAGCAAGCCGUUUCAGUCACGCGAACAGUCGCGCUCUUUUCAGUAGCGGUUAGAGCGCAUAGCGCAAAUAGCUCGAACAUGCACAUCACCGAAUAGGUACUUCUAGUAGAUAUAAAAGUAGCUUAUACAA